AUGAGACAUACCACACUAGAGCCAGGCUCAGCUGCCCUAACUUCCACUGCUACCAGCACCAUUCCAACAUUAUCUGGAGAAGAUGCAAACACCCCAUUGUUGUCUAUAGAAGGACCAACAGAAGAUAAAACAGUGUCCAGAACCUUCCCAGAGAAUUUAGACACUCCUGGUAUCACUCACAGGGAGCACUACUUCACAGGUCCUGGAAUAACUUUUCAACCUGACAUGGCCUCUACUUCUCUGGCCAAUUUAAGUGAAGGGAUCAGUUACUCCAGAAUUGUACCCUCAUCCCCUUUAGAGAGUAGGAAAAGCACUGCCAUGUUUGGAAUCUGGAUAAGCCCAGCUGAACCUCUCACUCUGGAGCCCAAGAAGCCCACCCCUCCUGAGGGUUCACCAGUGACUGAAUUUAGCAGCAGGGAAAGUGGACAUUUACAGAAUAGUUUGGCCACAGGCAGCACUACAGAAUCAGAUAUCAGUACACUCAUCCCUGGCAAUUUUCAUCCUUCUGAGGGCACUGCUAACCUCAUAUCAAGCCCAGUGGAGGGCUCCAUCCCAAAGGCAUCUGUCUAUACCUCUCUACCCCACACCUCAGGUACUACAGGGACCAGGAUUGGAGAAGAGACAGACUCAUCCUUGGUGUUGACUACACCAGCACCUGCUGUCUCUAUCAGCAGCAUCUCUGGGGCUCUCCUUGGUACAAGAACAGUGGUUCCAUGGUCUUCGAAUUCAGCUGAAGCUACAGAUCUUACCAUGAAUCGCCUUGAUCCUAUAUCCAUGUUGCCAUCCAAAUUCUCCACUUCAUCUCCUGUAACAUUUUCAGGGGUUACUUACAAGGCUGAAGACAAGAGCUCCAAUGUUCCUGGGACUGACAGCAUAAGUAUCAUCUUCAGCAGCAAGGUCACAGACAGGGUCUCUCUCCAUCCUGAGAUCACUCCUAACCAAAAUCUACUGGGCACAAUGGAAGAGAGCACAGGUGCUUUGCUGACCCCUUCUUUGCCUGGACCUCCUGGGUCUUCAGCUGCUAAUAUGGGAAGUGUAUCAAACAUGUCAGGUACCAAUACUGGCUCAACUCCACAGGUGACUUUAGCUUAUGAAAUCUUAACUAGAGACUUAGAGAAGACCUCAAACUUCCCACUGGCCAUGGAAAAUACAACUAAGACUGUCCCAGCCAAGAUGAUGGGAAAUACCUCCAUGGCUUCCAUGAGCACAGAUGCUCAAGUGGGCUCAGCAUUGCUUCUUACCACCACCAGCAGCCCUGUGGCUCUCCCUGGACAAAGCACAGUUCCUAUUUUGUCAACCAUAGCUGAAGCUGGGGCUCUCACUAUCACUGGGACAGAUAGCACUCCUACAUGGCAAAGCACACACUCUUCUUCAACUACUAUAACAUCAUCUAAGGAUACCCCCAUGACCAAGAACAUGAGAUCAGCUUCCCCCAGGACUCACUCCAAGCAUCUAAUUUCCAGCACAAAAAUCACGGACAUUGUUCCCUUUUCCCCUGUGGUCACUCUUAGCCAUAAGUUUCCAAGUUCAGUGGUAGAGAAUAACACAGAUGCCCCACUGACCACUCCUAAAUCCCCAGUGGUCUCAGACACUCAUCCUGGAGGCUCAUUGGUCACCUCUGCUGACUCAGCUGUCCUGGGGACGACAGCUCAUGGUGAGCCACAUGAAAUCUUAGAAAAAGGCUCAACACUUUCUGUGAACACUUUUACCACAAAGAUCAGAGAACAUACUGUUACAGCAAAAGUGAUAGAAGGUAGCACUUUAGCUCCUCCAAGGAUUAACACAGGAGUUGAAGGAAGAUCAUCUAUUCCUUUUACUACAAAUCUAGGAGAGAUUCCAAAAAGUUCUGAGGCUGUGACUCCCAGAGACACAAGUCCUUCUUACUUGUGGCUAACAGUGACUACAGUGAGUCCUUUUCAUAUUGGAUUGGGUAUAGGUCUGGAUGCUGUUUUCCAGGCUGAGCUGUCUGAAAUUCAAGGUCCACUAAUCAUCAUUGAAAUCCCACAGGAGAGUGAUGCAGGAUUCCCAUUAUCUUUUACUGCAACUGAGGCAACUAGAGCAAGGACCAUAACAUCUUCCACUCUCAUCUCAGGAUUGGUGGAGAGCCAGUCUUCCAUAGGCAGCAUUUCAGGAACAGAGGCCAUCAGAGACUCUCCGACCUUGUUCUCUCCUUUAGAAAGCACCAGGACACAUGCCACCAGACCUGAGUAUGCAUUGAGCUCUGAACAAGCACUGUCCACUGUGCCAACAGAGAAAUUACUUGAAAUGGUCACCAGCACACUUACUUUUGUUUCCAAAAUGCCUUCUGAAGUCACUGCUUUGGCACCAAGGACAAAUGCCCAAGGGUUUGAAAGUCACAGCAUGUCUACCCUGGAGGCCAAUGAUGCCCUAGCAGUAGGCACUGGCCUUGCUGUGACCUUUAACUCUCCACUACCAAGCGUCACUGCUUCUAGCAGCAUGGAUGUCGAUGUGGAAACUGUGUCAAGAUUAGUACCCUGGACAGCCAGAUCCUCAUCACAAGUAGAAGCCAGUUCUCCCAAUCUGGUUGUCACCACAGGAGAUGGACCCUCCCUGGGAACAGAACCUCACAAUCCCAUCCAUGAAUCUCUGAGCCCAGGGCCAGGCUCCUUUCCUGCCUUAAGUACCCCCAAGGCCUGGACAAGCACAGCUUCCCUUGAAACUGCUACCUCAUUAGAGGACCCAGGGCCAGCCGGCCUGACUCUAGAGUCAGAGAGAAACCCACAGGCAACACCAACUCCAGCUAUCACCCUGCCUCCAGCCAGCACACUAGAAGUUUGCACAACAGCAUCUCCCAGUCCUCCUGACACAACCACAGAGGGCAGGAGUGUCAAGGCAGGGACAGCCUCUGUUUCUGAUCAAGUGCCUUCCUCUUCCAGCCUCUUCCCAACAUCAGAGAGCUCCUACUUGAAGGUUUUCAACCUCAAAUUCACCAUCCUCAACCUGUUCUACACAACAGACAUGGGUCAAAGGGGCUCCAGCAAAUUCAACUCCAUUGAGGAUGUCCUGCAACCUCUGAUCAACAACUUGUUUAGAAAAAGCAGCUUUGGCCCUCACUAUUUUGGAUGCAGGCUGACUUUGUUAAGAUCUAUGAAGAAUAGGAUAGCAACAGGAGUGGAUGUCGAAUGUGCUUAUCAGGAAGAUUCCUCCACCCCUGUCCUGGACCGAGAGAAGAUUUACUGGGAGCUGAGUGAACAGACCCAUGGAAAAACAAGGCUGGGACCCUACAUUCUACAUAAGGAAAGCCUUUAUGUGGAUGGGUAUACCCAUCAGAUACCAACCACCACCACAAACACCUGGAGACCCAGUCUAGAGGCUUUCACCCUGAACUUCACCAUCACCAACCUGCUGUACACAGAAGACAUGGGGCAGAAGGAUUCCAUCAAAUUCAAGUCCACUGAAAAGAUUCUUCAGAAUAUGCUUGGCCCUUUGUUUGAGAACAGCAGCCUUGGUUCCAGUUAUUCCAGGUGCAAACUGACUUUCCUAAGACCUCUGAAGAAUCUGACAGUGACUGAAGUAGGUGUCAUCUGCCUCUAUCAGAGUGAUUCCACUGGUCCCUUCCUGGAUAGAGAGAGGGUUUACUGGGAAUUCAGCAAUCAGACUGGGGGCAUCACUAGACUGGGGCCCUAUACACUCGACAGGGACAGUCUCUACCUCAAUCGUUAUAACCAUCACUUACAAUCUUCCACCUCUACUCCUAUCCAGACCACAAUCCCUUCAAGAAUUUCCUCAGCUCCUUCACUACUGACCAAUUCCUCAGCAUCUGGCAGGUUUAGCCUGGAGUCUUUUACCCUGAACUUCACAAUCACCAACUUGCUCUGCACAGCAGACAUGGGACGGCCAGGUUCCCAAAAGUUCAACGCCACUGAAAGAGUCCUAGAGCACCUGCUCAGCCCCUUGCUUGAAAACAGUAGCCUUGGCUCUGACUAUUCUGGAUGCAGGCUGACCAUGCUGAGGCCCGUACAGAAUGGGACAGCAACCGAAUUCCUAUGUGGCCACUGGAAAUCUCCCGCCACCCCUAGCCUGGACAGGAAGAAGAUUUACUGGGAGCUGAGCAAUCAGACCCAAGGUAUCACCAGGCUGGGUGCCUAUACCCUGGACAAUAAGAGCCUCUAUCUCGAUGGAUACAGCUAUCAGAUGAAUCUUUCCUCCUCCACAAGUGCUGGAGGUCCCAACUUUGAGCCUUUCACACUGAAGUUCACCAUCACCAACAUGAGGUACACAGCAGACAUGGGGGAAAGGGGCUCCAGCAUAUUCCUCUCCACUGAGAGAGUGCUGCAGCGCCUGCUCAGUUCCUUGUUUGAAAAGAGCAGCCUUGGCUCUCAGGAUUUUGCAAGCAAAUUGACCUUACUGAGGCCUAUGAAGGAGGGAAGAGCAACCCUAGUUCAUUUCACUUGCAUCCAUCGGAGAGAUCCUGCAAGCUCUGUCCUAGAUAGAGAAAAAAUUUACUGCGAGUUGAGCUAUCUGACCUGGAGCAUCACCAGGCUGGGCCCCUACACAUUAGAGAAGGAUAGCCUCUACCUCAAUGGUUACAAUCAUUUGGCCGUGGCCCCCACCAAAAUGCCACCAGACCCAGCAGUAGCACCUGGUUGUCCCCUGUGGGCCACAGAGCCUGGAGGCUCCCAAGCUGCUAGUUUAAGCUUCCAGUCUUUCACCACCAUUCCUGAGGUGCUGUACACAGAAGAUAUGCAUCUUUCUGGAUCUGACAAGUUCAACUUCACCAAAAGAACCCUGCAGCAACCUUUGAAGAAUGGCUCAGAAACUGGAGUGAGUUGCCUGUACACACACAAGAGAAAUGUUAGAAGCUCAUUCAGAGACAAAGAGAAGGUUUACUGGGAUGCAAAAAGAACAUUUCACUAAGCUGGGCUUUUCCUCCUCCCUUGAAAGAGACAGUCUACUCAAUGAUGAGGAGCACAACAGAAUCCCAAGCUCUUUCCUCUAUCCUCAUGCUACUUUCCCCUCCUCCUGCUAAAUUUCCAUUCUGAUUCUGACCUUAAUGUUCUCUCAAAGAAUCAUUAUUUCUCAAUACCCUUUUAUUACACCAAACACAGAAAAUAAACCAUGCCCCUAUCUA